AUGACCAAGAGAUUUUAUAUUCCACUCCCUUCUGCAGAAGCAAGAGCCUGGAUAGUCCGUAAUCUUUUGAGCAAGGAUGGGCUUUUUAAACUCUCAAAGAAGGAUAUUGAUACCAUAUGCAAAUUAACAGAUGGGUAUUCAGGAUCUGAUAUGACAAAUUUAGUCAAAGAUGCUUCCAUGGGUCCAAUCAGAGAGGUUUUGAAACUAGGGGCUGAGAUUACUAAUCUUAAAAUGGAGGAUAUGAGAUCAGUUACUCUAAAGGACUUUAAGGAUGCACUAAAGGAGGUGAGACCUUCUGUUUCUCGGAACGAACUUCGAAUAUAUGAAGAGUGGAACAACCAAUUUGGAAGUUUAUCGACAUCAACCAUCUAA